AUGAGUUCCUCAGAAGGUACGUUCUUUUCCAAAUUAAAGAACACUUUGAAAGGGGAAAAGGAUACCGAUUCUUCUCCCAAUCCUGAGAAAUAUCAAGACGAAGCACGCAAAGAAGGCGAAAAGUUGUUCCAUGAGCAGCAUGGUGACACUACCGGUAGUGGCGGAACCAUAAGUUCGGGAAAAACUAGCAGUCCAACAUCUCAUGCAAAGACUGCAGAUACAAAGCAUGAGAAUAUUCUUAAGGAAGCAUGGGAAGAAGGAGAGAAAUUGUUUCACCAUCAUGCCACUGCAGGAAAAGAUAAAACACUGUUUGAAAAAGGAAAAGUAGGUGCAGCAGGAACCACAGAUAGCUACGCAGCAAGCUCAUCCAAAGGGCGUGUUGUAUCAACUCCACCAAAACCUUCAAGAGAACCACUUGCACACGAAAUUCCUGGAGAUUACUCAAAUUCAAAGAACCCAACUGAUCCAACUGUUGUUGCUAAUGAGAGUAAAGGAAGUUCUGGGUCGGAUAAUCACCUUCAAACAACCCCAAACAUUGUUGAAAACACCAAUCCAAAAUACAGCGACCAAUCCAAGCAAGCUCAAGGACAUGGUAAAUUUUUCGAUCCAAGAGAUACGCAAGGUGGUCUACUUCAAGGCGCUACCAGUUCCACAGGUGCUGCAAAUGCUUACAACCAGCAAGGAGAUUCUCAAUUGUCUCAUCAAGAAGCUACGAAAGCUCAUUAUGUUGAUACCGAACACUUGAAGACGAAACCUAGUGAGUAUGAGCAAAGAGAUAGGGAAAAUAACCAAGUAGAGCUGAUUAAGGAAGAAGCAUAUAGAGAAGGUAACAAGCAUGGUACAAAGGCUUCUGAUGAUGAUAAUGCUCAUCUGAGAUCAAAACAAGUUGGUGGUUCAGGAACCACCACUGAGAAGAAUAAAUAUGAUAAUGAUGACGAGGCAAGAGCUGUUCACCAAGAAAACAAAUCGGCAUACAAUCCUGAUGGAGUCCAAGGAGCUUUUGAAAAUGAAUAUGGUCGUCGCCCAGCUAAUGAAACUAAGAAGGAAAAAAGUGACCCAACGACGAUUUCUAGUGGCAAUGCAGUUUAUGGCGGCUCAGGUGUUGCUACUGCUCAAGUCGACGGCUAUGAUCCUGUUGCCAACGAUCGUAAAAUUGCCGAACUCGAUAGAGAAAUCAACAAGACUGACAAUAAGAUUAGAGAGUUAAAGCAAGACCCUUCCAAUGCGUCUGUUUUUGCUGUUCGAGACGAAACUGUUCAAACACCAAAAUUAUCAAAUGUUCAUGAAGAUUUCGAAAAUACUCAAGCAGACAAAAAUUCCCAAGGCAAUGCUAAUCAGAGUCAAGGUGUCUUAGCUGGCGCCACCGGUGCUUUAGCAGCUGCAGCUGGUUAUUUAGGGCUCAAUAAGUCUUCAGAUGUGCAACAACAACAACAACAGCAGCAGCAGCAGGGAACAUCAAAUAUUGAAAGUAUCAAAAAGGAGGCCCAUGAUGCUGGGUUUAAGCAAGGCGAAGAUCUCUAUCGCGGACUCGGUAAGGAUAGUAGGGAUGGUUUAAAUGCUCAAGUUGGUGGUGCCAAAUCCGAUGCAUACAAUGAAGGCGUUAGGUCAGGUGCAUACGAAGAAGGCGCUAAGUCUGGUGCAUACGAAGAAGGCGCUAAGUCAGGUGCAUACGAAGAAGGGGUCAAGUCAGGUGCAUAUGACCAAGGCAUCAAAUCAGGAAAAUCAGAUGCCAAGCAAACCGCACAUGAAGAAGAUCAACGCCCUGGUAUAAUUGAAGGAGCUAAGCAAGCAAUGGGAGGUGUAGCAACAACUGCAGCUGGAUACUUGGGCAUUAAUUCUUCAUCUAAUAAGGAUAAUGCAACUGAAGCUAAUACAGCCUAUUCUUCCUCUCAACACAAGGAUAUUCUUGACGCAUCUUAUGCUGCGGGAAGACAAAAGUACGAGGAUGAAAGAAGAUCAGGCACAGCAAAACACGGGGUGUCUUCUAGUACUGGAAAGAGCAUUAUAUCUCACAAUAUAAUUAAUGAUGAGCGCAAAGUUUCUGAAUGGAACAAACAGCAUGGGUUCAUUGAGCCAAUAGAAGGACAGCCCGUUACCGAGGAGGAGCAAGAUGUAAAAGACUCGAUGCUUAAGGAUGCUGAAAAAGUCGAUCCCUCAAUUGACAGGUACCCAGCUCACAAAAUCAGUAAGGCGGAUACUAAGCCAGAGGUUACCGAAGUAAAGCAAGAGGCUAUUCCAUCUUACAAAGGAAGCGAGGGGGAGAUCAAAGCUUCUGAAUGGAACAAACAGCAUGGGUUCAUUGAGCCAAUAGAAGGACAGCCCGUUACCGAGGAGGAGCAAGAUGUAAAAGACUCGAUGCUUAAGGAUGCUGAAAAAGUCGAUCCCUCAAUUGACAGGUACCCAGCUCACAAAAUCAGUAAGGCGGAUACUAAGCCAGAGGUUACCGAAGUAAAGCAAGAGGCUAUUCCAUCUUACAAAGGAAGCGAGGGGGAGAUCAAAGCUUCUGAAUGGAACAAACAGCAUGGGUUCAUUGAGCCAAUAGAAGGACAGCCCGUUACCGAGGAGGAGCAAGAUGUAAAAGACUCGAUGCUUAAGGAUGCUGAAAAAGUCGAUCCCUCAAUUGACAAGUACCCAGCUCACAAAAUCAGUAAGGCGGAUAUUAAGGAGGAGAAAAGUCUUCCACCUGGUGCCACGCCUGAGGAAGUAGAAACUGCUGAGUCUAGAGAAUUUAAGGAAUUGGAGAAGGAAACAGCUAGAUAUAACAAGGAGCAUGGUUUUGUGGGUGAUAAUGGUAAAAAAUCAUUGAUUGAAGUUGCUGAGGAGGUUGACCCAAGCAUUGAGAGCUUACCUACUCACAAAAAACAAGCAGUAGACGAAAACCUUUCUAAUCAAAGUGAACCAUCUGGAGGCGACGUACAACCGUUACCUGCCCAAACCCCUACCGUGAGUCAUAACGAAAUCAAACAAAAUUUAGGUCUCGCUAGCCACGAUGCUGGUGGACACGGAGGUUCGGCGAGGCAUCGCACGCCCCCCGCCAAAAAAUUAAAUGAUGAAGAGAAUGCUAGUAACAAUGAUGGCAAAUCAAACGAUAGAUUAACUGGUAAUAAGGAUUUGCAUGCCCACAAGAAGAAUGUAUCUGGUGCUUCGUUCAAUAUAACUCAACCAAUUGGAGCAUCAGAAUUGAAUAGUAAUGAGGGACCAGUGUUGGACUCUAGCUUGAGAAAAGAAAUAUACGAUCAUGGUUUCAAAAAAGGUACGGCUGACCAAAGUACAGCUAGUAACCAAUUUUCUGGAGCUGUGUCUGAAUUGCAUCCUACAUUGAGAAAAGAGCUUUAUGACAGUGGAUAUGCUCAAGGAAAAGGGGACGCAGAAUAUGUUACUGCUGCUGCUGCUGCUGUUCCCAGUCGUGGGUUGACUCAAUCCGAUUCAGACACGAAGCAAGAUUUUAAGAACUUAAAGCGCGACUUGUAUGAGCAUGGAUAUGCCAAAGCAAGUGGUGAGAAAAGAGCUGAAGAUUUUGUCAAUAAUGUACAACGAGACACACAAAAUUCUGGCACUUCUGCCUCGGUUGGUUCUGUUUCAGGCUACGAUUUGCGUGACAAGAAUGAAUAUGGUCAACCGGGAGAACGUGUGCCCAUUGAUAAAAGGUCCGAGCUUGUGGGUGAAGAAACUGCCCACAGAAGGGGUGAAGAUAGCACCAACAAUCUUGUUGUUGAAGUUGUUGGUAUAAGCGAUAAGGACAAGGCAUUAAGAGCAGCAAGAGAUGCGUCAAGAAAAUUAGAGGAGAGAGGAGUUGACAUGACAUCUGGAAAAUUGGUUAUUGAUGCAAACAGUAGAAAAAUUUAUAAGGAAGAAUAUUCCGCGAGAGGAGAUGGAUCUGAUCAAACUGCUGACGUUUCCGAGUUGGCUAGGCAACGGUUGCAUGAAGCUGCUAGGCAAAAUGCGGGAAUUAGCGCAGAAACUGGUGGUGCUACUCCUGUCACCGCCACAGAUGGAGCUGGAACUGUCUCUGCCACCCUGAAACCAAUAGAGUCAUCCAGAGAUAGGAAUAUCGACGGUGAUGAUGAUGAUGAUGAGAUCUUUGUCAAUGUUAAAGGAAUCAAGGACAAUACUUUGGCAACGAAAAUUGCAAAGACAGCCGUCGCAAGGCUACAAAAAACACACGGUGCAAUAGUAUCUGAGGUUAAAGAGUUGCUAGUCGAUGCUAGUUCGGGGAUUGUUAAAGACGAAAACGGCAACGUAAUUGCUUGUUAUGAAGAUUUGGCUGUUGGAGGUACAAAGUCUAGUAAACCAUUCAGUCAAAGUUUGUCAUCAGAUAAAGCUUAUGAUGAACACUCGUCAACUGUUAAUUCCACAAGCAACCGUUUACCUGCCAAAGGUGCAGGUGCAGGUGUAGGUGUAGAAGGAAAUAAUUUGGCAGUUGCAGCUGCCCAAAAUGCUUCUACAAAAUAUCCCCAUUUGACAGAACCCACUCACCAGACAAGUGCAAAUACUGGCAAGUACGACUAUGCUUUUAAAAGCGAGGUACAGCCACCAUUUCCUUCUGGCAGUAAAGGAGCUCUGAAAGGCACUUCAAUGCCUGACCAUGGUCAUUCGUACAGUGAAAACAAGAUUCAUUCAAGUGGUUAUCUGAAUGACAAUAGUAUAGCUGGUGCUGCUGGUGCUGCUGCUACUGGACACGACUCAUAUUCAAAAUCAACUGCUACUUCUUCAUUUGAUGGGUCUGCUAGUGAACCUUCGAGUGGCUUACCAACACACUCCAACUUUGACAAUAAGGAAUUUUCAGAUAGCGCAUAUUCUAAUAAUAGGCUGAGACAAUCACAAGGUGGACUGCUCUUGGGAGAAUCUAGCUCUGCCGCAUCACUGGGUGUUCCUGACUAUGAAGAUGGUAAUGUAAUAGCAUCCACACUGGAACAUUUGAGUUCAAGAGAGUACCCUAAAUCAGCUGUUGAAGAAUACUUGUAUUCAUCAAACUCCAAUGUGGACAAGAAAGCCAUCAACGAUGAUGCCUCGAGAACUGCUAAUGUUACUAACAGUACUUCAAAGAAUUUACAUUCUGCAACUGCUUCCGAUUAUAUCAAAGGCGGGAUAUUAGACGAAACCACUACAGCCACUGGUACAACCAAUACACAACCAUCUACAAGUGCUACUAAUACUAAUACUACUACUGUUGUAGGUGAGGGUACUACUGGUGGUGGUGCUACUGGAUUAUUUUCAUCGGCUCAUGAUGGAGUGUCUGCAAAUGCCACUACCAAACACUCUGAUUAUGAGGAGGCAAACACAUCUAGUGGUUCAUAUCAUAUGCCAGGCAGUUGGUCAUAA